CCUAGAGCAGCGCCCUCCUCGCCGCCCACUCCUGAGUCGCUGCUGACAGAAUGGCCAGCGAGUUCGACGAGCUGUUGACCCGCCUGGGAACUGGCAGGUGGAACUUCCUCUACUUCAUCGCCACGUCAUACUGGUACUUCCUGAUUCCCCCGCAGACCUUCAGCGGCGUCUUCCUGGCUCCCUCCGUCAACGUGACCUGCCGCCCACCCGACCUCGACUCCGUUCUCCGUGUGGCAGAAGACUCCUGCAGUUACUUCGUGAACAAGUCAUCAGUCGGCGUCGUAGAAAUACCCUGCACAGAAUGGAUCUACGACGACUCCAUCUAUUCAAGCACCCUUACCUCUGAUUUCGGUUUGGUUUGCGCCGAGGCCUACAACAGGGCUACGUACCAGAGUAUUUACACAUUUGCUGCGAUCUUCAGCUCCACCCAUGCAGGCUACUUAGCUGACAAAUUCGGGAGGAAGCCGGUCGUCCUCAUAACCCAGGUCAUCUACGCAGCCACAGGAAUUGCCAUGUGCUUUGCCAACAGCUUCCCGCUCAUCCUCGCCCUCCGCUUCGUCAUGGGCUGCGUCAACCUCCCCACCAUCUACAUCCUGACCAUGGAAGUGUGCGAAGUCAAGUACCGCUCGGUCGUCGGCAUCCUGACGGGGCUGCCCUGGGCCUUCGGCACCAUGGCGUGGGGGGGUAUGGCCUACCUCAUCAGGGACUGGCGCUGGCUGCUGCUCUCCGUGUCGCUCCCCACGCUCCUCGUGCUGCUGCCGCUCUUGUGUCUUUCUUUCUUCGCGGGCAUAAUUUUUUUUCCCUGUCAACAGACGGAGAACGAAACGAGAAAUAAGGAGAAAGAAAAACACAGGAGAAAUGUGUGGUCUUUCUUGAAAGUGCCGACGCUUUGCAGCACUCGCCCCAUAAGGACAAUCACUGUAAUCUUCAGCCUAAACCUCUUCAUCUCCGCCCUGGUCUUCGGCGGCCUCAACCUAAGUGCCACCAACUACAGCGCCGAUCCUUUCAUCUACACCAUGCUUGGGGGGCUGAUGGAAGUUCCUGGGUAUUCGCUGACGGCGCCCCUCAUCAACCGCGUCGGGAGGAAAUGGCCGACGAUCUUGGGGUAUUUCAUGAGCGGCGCCACGAUCUUUCUUCUGGUGUUCGUCCCCUCGGAGAUGACGUGGCUUGUGAUGACACUUGCAAUGGUGGGGAAAAUGUGCAUCAGUGGAGCUUUUAUGAUCUCUAUCGUCUACAUGUCUGAGAUGUUUCCGACGGAGGUGCGUCUGCAGGGCGUGGGGGCAACUGUCAUGGCCUGUCACGUUGCGGCCGCGAUAGUGCCCUUCAUUACAGAUUAUUUGGGCCCCUUCCUCCCCUGGGCUCCGUCGGUAAUCUUCUGCGUGUCCUCCGCCGUGGCCGGGGUGGCGCUCCUGCCCCUCCCGGAGACGUUGGGCGCCGCGAUGCCCGACACGGUUCAGGAGAUGCCCGACGUCGGCUGCUGCACGAAGUACCGUCGGCGGGAGGGGAAUUCCAGUCUCUGUAUCGUGAACAAGGGAGAAGAGAUGGAGGCGAAAUGAGGAUAGAUAGAGAGAAAAAAAGAGAAGAGCAAAAAGUGAUAAGAAGAAAUAAGAGGAAAUGAGAAGGAAUAAGAAGCAUGGGUGAGAGAAAAACAUAAAAUUAUGAGAAGGGAUGGGAAGGAAAGCGACAAGAAGCAGGGAAAGGAAAUGAGAAGAAAUGGGAGAAGAGGAUGAAAAACGUGAAGAAAAUGAGAAUG